CGCGGGCUCCGGGCGGGCCGGGGCGGGGCGGAGGUGCGGUCGGCGAUAGCACUUUUUCAGGUAUCGCCUCGGCUCCACGUCGCCAGAGGGCCGGUGGGCUGGAGCUUGCGGAGCCCAGGCUGGUGGCAGCGUGCGGAGCUAUGGCGGGGCCCGGGCCAGGGGACCCGGACGAACAGUACGACUUCCUGUUCAAACUGGUGCUGGUGGGCGACGCGAGCGUGGGCAAGACGUGCGUGGUGCAGCGCUUCAAGACGGGCGCCUUCUCUGAGCGCCAGGGAAGCACCAUCGGCGUGGACUUCACCAUGAAGACGCUGGAGAUCCAGGGCAAGCGGGUCAAGCUGCAGAUCUGGGACACUGCUGGCCAGGAGCGGUUCCGCACCAUCACCCAGAGCUACUACCGCAGUGCCAAUGGGGCCAUCCUUGCUUACGACAUCACCAAGAGGAGCACCUUCCUGUCAGUGCCCCAUUGGAUUGAGGACGUGAGGAAGUAUGCAGGCUCCAACAUUGUGCAGCUGCUGAUCGGGAAUAAGUCUGACCUGGCUGAGCUUCGGGAGGUCCAGCUGGCUGAGGCGCAGAGCCUGGCUGAGCACUAUGACAUCCUGUGCGCCAUCGAAACAUCUGCCAAGGACUCAAGCAACGUGGAGGAGGCCUUCGUUCGGGUCGCCACUGAGCUCAUCAUGCGGCAUGGGGGCCCCAUGUUCAGUGAGAAGAACACCGACCUCAUCCAGCUGGACAGCAAGGACAUCGGGGAGAGCUGGGGCUGUGGGUGCUGAUGCGCAGGGGUGGGCUCCCUCCCUCCCUCAGACUCUGCACCGGAAGGGGAUGCUGGGAAGGAGGAGCCAAACUCCCUGCAGUACCUGGGGGGCCAGGGCUGGUUUUCUACACAUUCUAGGACUGGUCUGCGCCUGCCAGCUGACCCCAGCGUGGGAUGGGUCCCUUGCCUGUGUCACCUUCUCCUUUGCCUAGUGACCUUGACUUUGCAGCUGGUGCCCAGAUUCUGCCAGGCCACUGGGGGCUCUGUCUGCAGUCUAGUGAGCAGGAGUAGCUGGACAGUUUCUGAGUGCAGCGGCACAGAGUCCUCUGGCCUGAGUUGGCUUUCUCCCUUGUGUCAGCCACAGCCCCAGUUGCCUCCUGGGCCCAGCCUGUUGCCUUAUCAAGACCUCAGUUUACUGGCUCUCUGUGUGGCUUCUUAUUUUCAUCAACACAAGAGUGGGGAUCUUGGCCCAUGGCAGCUGGAGAUGGCCACAGUGGCUAACCCUUUGGCCUGGAGGGUGGGGAUGUGGCAGGAGAGGGACACUGAAGGUAGAAACAGUGGUUUUGAGGCAGCAGCAUGUGGUAGAGUGUAUGCUUGGCGUCCAAGGCUGGGAUGGAGCCUCAGCAACAAACCAUACAGCCACCUGUAUCCUUCCCUGUAGAUGAGGGCCCACGGGACCUGCAGGGCACUCAGCCUCAUUCCUGGGUGCACAGAUCCUCCUGCCACCAUGUCCAUGAUCACCCGCUGCCCUGGGGCCCGGCAAGCCGUUUCUCAACAACAAAGGCCUCACCUGGUAACCAUGGCCUGGACACCUUUAUCCACUGGGCACACAAUGGCCUCAACCUGUGUUGGGUGCUGAGGUUGGACAGCAGGCAGGCACCCCUAAAAAACAGCGCCAUCUUCCCUGGGCCUGGCAGAAUGGCUGCUCUCUAAGCCAGGUAGUGCUCAGUGUUUAUGUGGUGGCAGCUGUUUCCUGCCCAAGUUGCCCUUGCCAUGCUCCAAGCACUGUGGCCACUCCAGCCCCUUCCCCUGCUGAGACCUGGGUACAUGGCUGAGCAUGGCACCCAUGGGAGACAGGGUCCAUGUCAGUGAGGAGCUGGGUUCCUGUGGGUGGGAAGAGUGCAAGCAUAGGCAGCAGCCGCUGGGCCUCUGGCCUCAUUGUGAAGCUGGGGUUGGGGUGGGCCUGGGGCUUCUGCUAGUUCCAGUUGGCCUGUGCUAUUGGCAGGAAGUGCCACUGCCAGCCUUCUCCCCUGCUGCACCCGGGCCCCACGACCUCUGCCAAAGCUGAGGUGUCUGGGGUCACCAUCAGGACAGAUAGAGCCUGGCUUUCUACCUGGGCACAAAGAGUCACUUGGAGGGUGACCCUGCAGAGCCCUGCUCUUCUCAGGGGUGAUGGAGCACACAUGGGGUCAGGUGAGACCUCAGGGCACAGGGCCAUGCUGCACUGUUCCCACUCUCCUCUUCCUCGGGUUGGACGCUGCACCUUUGCUGUGGAUCCAGGGCUGCCUGGAUCCAGAGAAGGCACAGGACAGAGCUCACUUGUCACUGUAGGCUGUGAGCCACCACCCUUGCAACCACUGUCCACCGCUGGCUGCCUGGGAGCAAGGAGAACAGAGCCAGCUCAGCCGGGACUCCUCCUCCUUGGUGGCCCCUUGGCUGGCUCAGCCACCAGGAUGCCAUCCCGCUUCUGUGUUUCCACAACCCAACAUGUCAGAGUGUGAGUGAGGGCCGCCCCUGCCCCCACCCCAUGGACAGGAGCAGCCUUGUGCCAAGUUCAGCCUAGAAGCCCAAAUUGCCCUGGAUGUCCCCCAGCUUUCCCUCUCAGCCCUGUGCCCCACCCCUCCCCAGUGCCCCCAUCGCUCCCCGUCCUCUUAUGGCCCAUCCCACUGCCCCGUCCCUCCCUGUCCUCCCCUGCCCCAGAACUCCUUUCCCUGUGCUCUCACCUAAGGGCCCAACUGGCCUAGGGCUCCAGUUCUACUGCCCAGACCCCAAUCCUGCUCCAUGGCACUUCUGAAACCUCACCUGGUCCAGGGCUCUGAGGGAUCUCGGUCCACACUCAGCUUCUCCCUAGCAGCUAUCCCUGCCCAGCACGAUUCCGGUCCCUUCCUGAGCUGUCUCGGCCAACCUGGCCUCCCUGUCCUGACCCUUCUCUCCCCCAUCUCCAUCCCUCCCUUCCAUUCCUGUCACUCAGAAUCCUGCCAGUGACCCAGCUGCCCCACCACAGUCUGCGCUCUUGCUCCUGAUCUCCGGGGAGAACAAGUCCUUCCCUGCCCUGUGGCCACCAGGUCCCCACAGUCAAGCUGAAGCCAUUUCCUACAGAGCAGCCGGCCUCCCCUCCGGCCUCAGUGGCAGUGGCCAGGCCUCGGGCCCCGUGUUGGACCCCUGCCCUACAGUGUCCCAUCAGGUGGGGCUCACUGCCCCCUGGGCUUGGGUAAGGAAACAGAAGUGUGUGGGACAGAAAACAAAACCAGCCUGUCUCUCCUGCCAGCCACCUACCAGCUCCCAGCAGCCUGGUCUCAGGCCAGAGGGGACCAGUUUCAUCUCUUGUUUCCAAAUCACCCAGUGGAGGAGCAGCCGGGCAGGGGCUCCUGUCCCCCCCAGAAGGGGUCGGCCCCAAGGUCACGGCCCCAGCCUUGAUUCACAUUGAAUUCAGCUCCUCUCUUCCCUGGGGAUGCCAGCCAGGCCCUCUCAGACCCGAAGGCCUGGACUCAGGGGACGGGGUGGGGACCUCAGCCAGUCCAAGGAUGCCAUUUGCAUCGGGAACUUUUCACGUUACCUAUUUAUGAAUGUAUACAUCUUUAUGUAGCAAAUCUAUUUUUUAAACACGGAAAAUUGCCUUUAUGGAAACUUUCAGAGCCAGAGUGUAACAGGCCUCACCCAUUAAACAGAUUUCUGUCACGA